CCUAAAUCAAAUUCUCUCUUCUCCUACGUUCUUUAAUAAUUUCCAACACAUUCCCAUAUUCUCUCUACUCUCUAUAUUUAUACCAUUUCAAUAUGGUGGGAUCACCAAUUUCUUUGUUUGCUAUUAUUACAUGUUUGUUUCUCUUUUCAAAAUCCUCUAGUUCUCCGGAUACGAUCUUUAUUUUGGGCGGAUAAAGUAACAUGGCCGGUCGAGGAGGAGUUGUUUGUCCUGAUUUGUGCUUAAAAAAUUGUACUUGGGAUAGAGUUAUCCCUCAACCGUCUCAAUCACAACCCUCCAUUUUAAGGUUUACUGUUGACUUUAAAUGGGAGGAAGCUCGAGAGCCCCUCCACUGGGACAUUGACCCCUCAAAAACUAAUGGGGUGGGUCCUGAAAUGGCAUUUGCGAAUCAAGUCUAUGCAAUGGCUAGCCAAAGUGUUGGCGUCACUGGCCUUGUCCCUUGUGCUAUUGGUGGAACUCAAUUGAAAACUUGGCUUAAAGGAACCGAUAGGUACACAAGCUUGAUCGGGCGUAUUAAUGCUUCUUUAGAGUCGAGGGGCAACCUUGGAGGCUUUAUUUGGUUUCAAGGGAAUCAGAUGCAGCUUCGAGGGUAGAAUCACAAUUCUACCAUCAAAACUUGGCUACAUUUUUUGAAGACCUCCGUCAUGACCUAAACCAACUGAACUUGCCCAUGCUUCUUGUUUGUGGCUUUUAUCUUCUUCAUCUCUAUAUCUUCCGUCUUGUAUUUAUCGUCACUUAUAAAAUUUGAACUAAUUGAUCUUUUUUUUAAUACAUGUGUAGGUGAAAAUUGCGAACCACGACCUCUACAUUAGUCCAUUCAUAAACUAUGUGGAUGAUGUAAGAAGGGCAGAAGAGGCAGUGAAGCAGCAGCUGCUUGGCAUAACUACUGUGGAUGCUCGAAACGCUAUCCAAUACGUCAUGAACCUCAACCAGCCACCUUACAACAAAGAUGGACAUUUUAGUGUGUAUACUGAAGUGAAAAUAGGAAUAAUGUUGGCUCAGGCUUUUCUAAAGUGAGGUUAUUUGACAGUGUUGGAUCUAGGGUUGGUUGGUUGUGUUGUCCUCCUGGACCAUGGGAAAUUUGUUGUCAUCCUUUCAACCUAGAUGAAUCUUGUUGCUCAUCUUUUUUAUA